AUGAAUCCCAAAGGCCCUUUUCGACUUAUGACAGUCAACACAGCCCCAGAGCGUGCAAAGCGCGUCAUUGGCGCUAUGGUAGAGAACCUCAAAGAGAGUUACACUAUUGACUAUGUAGUCAACUCCGAAAGAAUCGAAGAUAUUCGCUCCUUGGUCGAAGAGUAUCAUCCUGACGUGUUGUUCACAGCAUCUAUGUGGACGGCAGAGCAGAGCAAAGAAAUCGAGGCAAUCGCAAGAACGAUCGUUCCAGACAUCAAGUUCCACGCAAUUCCUUAUGGUCUUCAGGUGGCAAGGGGACCCGAUGCUAUUGUUGAAUAUCUCACUGAUCAGGUUCCAACUCUGCUAGAAGGCUGA